GUUCUAACAAACAGCUCCAAGUCGCUAGAUCAGUGCAAUACUGGGGUGUGGUGGAGGUUAUUGAGAGCACAUAGAUAACGUUUCCAUUUUGAGACCCUUCGGCUCUUCCUAUUGAUGAAAUUUUGUUUAUCGAUCGCUUAGCUUGAUAUUUUGUUUAUUUUGUUUAUUUUGUUUAUUUUAUUUUAUUUUAUUUUAUUUUAUUUUAUUUUACUGUAUUUUACUGUAUUUUACUGUAUUUUACUUUAUUAUAUAUAUUCUCUGGUGAAGGUUUUGUUCAUAAAAUGCCUAAUAAAAGGCAAGAUUCAAGACGACAAUUGUUUCGAGGAAUCACAUCAGCUACUAAAUCAGGUUCAUCUGCUGCCCUUACUGUUACUCCACCAAGAAGGACGUCUGAGUCAAAAUUGAAAACAAAGAGCAAAUUGAUAUCGAAAACAAAGACUUUUUCUAAAGCAAAAUCAUUUUCAAAGACCAAGAAUUUAAUUGGGUUUAAGAACUCAGUGCCGACUAAUCGUGAUGAAGACAAUGAGUAUUUGGAUCUAAACGACAAUCCGAAUCAACUUCAAGACGAUGAAUUUUUCAAUAGAGAUAGUGAAGAACAUAUUUUAUUAGAAGAAGAAAAAGAAGAAGAGGAAGAUAAAGAAGAGGAGGAAGAUAGUGAUGAUGACGAAUUGGAGGGAUAUGAUAGUAUAAAUAUUAAUGAUGAUUCAAGUCACAUAUUUUCGCUAAGACAGAAGCUCAGUAAUGUGAAAAACAAUAAAACAAAAAAUCUUUUGAACAAAAACUCCAAAUUGAAUUUGAGUACUCAUUUAGAUAAAAUUGAACAAUUGCAUCAAACGAAUAGAAGAAAUGCCAACUAUAAUAAUGGUAAUUAUAAUAAUAGUAAUUACAAUACUAAUAAUUACAAUACUAAUAAUUACAAUACUAAUAAUGAAGAAGAUAAUGAGGAUGAUAGCGAUAGUGAUGAGGAGUAUUUAGUAUUCAGUGAUGGGUUACCAUUAAGAAACUCAAAGUUGCAAGCAUUCAAACAAGCAGAAAAUAUAUCGAAAUUGAUAUUUAAGAGAGACAAUAUUGAUGAUGAUUUUGAUAUUGAUGAUUUUGAUUAUCACGAUGAAAAAAGUGAUAAUAAGGAUGGUUUUACUAAGAAUAAACAGAUUAAUAAUAUUUUAAAUAACAACAACAAUCUCCUUAAUUUAAGUAAACAUAAUAAUGAGAAGAAUACUACUACUAAUAAUAAUAACAUGAAUAAUAACAUGAAUAAUAACAUGAAUAAAAACAAAACCAAAAAUAAAAACAAUAUAUCAAUAUUUAAUAAUAAAUUUCAUGAUUACGAUUUGAGUGAUUAUAGUUUUAGUUUCAAUGAUACAAAUGAGCUUUUGAAAUUCAAUUCUUCUAUAAACUCAUCAAUGAAUUCGUCAAUGAAUUCUUCAAUGAAUUUCUCGUUAAAUGAUACCUUUGAGAAUCACUUGCUAAACAAGCAUGCGAAAUCAAGACCAAAUCCAAAUAUGAAAAAUCCAAAUACUAAUGCACAUAAUUAUGAAGAUAAGAUAGUGGAUGUCAUAGUAUCAAUUCCUGGAUAUUCAAAAGAGGAAAUAUUCAAUAAUGACUACAACGAUGAUUAUAGAAAUGGAGAUUCGUUAAAGGAAUUGGAGAGAAAAAACACACUAAAGCUCCGAAAGAUAUUUGGAAACUCAUUGAGUGACGAUUUUUUCAAAAACCUUUCAAUUAUCCAGAUAAACCAGUUUUUAGAUAUCAAUGACGAAUAUAACAGUACGCAAAGAACAAUACAAAAAAUCCACCUAAGAUCAUUUAAACCGGUGAGUCGGUUGGUUCCUGGUUACAACUGCCAUGAGGAAAAUGAUGAAGAGUAUCAGGGAGAGCCAGAGCAGAAUUUUGAUGCUGAGAAUAAAAGGGGAUUGCAAAGAAUAGUCGACGACUUAAACCAGCAAGACUGGCUUAGAUACCACCAUAACCAUAAUACCCAAAAUACCCAAAAUACUCAAAAUACCCAAAAUAGCCAUAGCAAUAGUAAUAGUAAUUACCAUAGACACAACAAUACCAAUAUCAUCCUAAAUUUCAAUUUCAAUUUCGAUUUCAUUCACCACCAUAUUCAUAAUCACAUCCACACCCAUAACCGUAACAUUACUAAUCCCAAUAACCUCAAUAAUACAAUGACAGUCGACUCCAUAAAGAAAAGAAAUAGCUUGAAUCUAUUAAACAAAAGAAAAGUAAAUCCAAAUCUAAAAUACUACAAAAACUUCCCUUACAUCUUACCAAAUCACAAGUUUUAUCCCACUGAAAUAUCAAAACACCACUGGCAAUUAAGCGAUUUGAUCCAACCUUCAACUCUUAGUCCAAAUGAAAUCUACUUUCCUUUUGACAAAUCAAUCAAAUGCCUUAAUUUGAAAAACAACAAAAUUUCAACUAUCCUAAAUCUAAAAUUCAACCCCAAAUGUCUAAAAGAAAAGGAUGGCCUACUCCUAGUAGCUGGCCUGAUCAAUGCUGACACUUCUACUGGCUCCUUAUCAAUCUUCAACAAAAACCUAAACAUAACCAUCGAAACUGAAAUCGGCACAAUGAUCAACAACUCGGUCAAUAUCUUCAAACUAAACAACAAUUUCUACAAUGCUUUGCUAUCCAACAACGACAAGAACUUGUACAAAAUUUCAAUCCAAAACAAUAGAAUUAUAAACAAUUUAAACAAAAUUUACAUUGGCUAUAACCUAAAUUCCUCUGUCACCUCCUUGAAAAACAACAUAACUCUAACCUGUGGUGACUCCAAAAACAUUUCAAUAAUUGACAACAAUUCAAACAAAAUCGUUAAAAACAUAAUAACCCCAGCUGAUUCUGGCUUUUCUUUAGAUUUCCACUCCAACCAAUACUAUUUUGCUGCUGCUUUUCAAGAUGGUAGAUCUCUAAUUUAUGAUCUAAGAAAUCUAAACAAUCCUCUCUACACUAUCUACUCAACAAGAAAACUAUUCACAAAAGAAGGCGCCUUUAGAUGCCUUAAAUUCAGCAAUAUCGAAGACGAUCUUCUAUUCUUAUCCGAAACAAUGGGCAAAAUCCACAUCAUUGAUCUAAGAAACUUGGAAAACCAUAAAAUCAUAUCAAUACCUUCUCAAUUCAACGAGUCUGAUUAUAACAAAAAUACAAAUCUACCCUUAAUUAAAGACUACACUAAAAUCAAAAACAAUACCGGUGAAAUCUUGCCUUCAAACUAUUUUUCAAAUCCAAUUAUGGUUAACCAACAUAAUAAUAAUCAUACAUCCCAUAUCAACAACACUAUACCCCACAACAAUAGCAACGAUGUCUAUGAAAGCUACAACAACCAGUACUUUUAUCAUAAUAACAUUAACAACCUAGGCUCAAAUAUAAACACAAAUCUUAACUUCUACAAUCUAUACAACAACAACAACAACAACAACAACAGUAACAGUAACGAUAACAUCAAUAUUAAGAACGACACCUCAGUCCCAGAACACAACAGUCUCACUAACAAAUCUAUUGAUUUUAAAUACAACAACAAAAAAAGAGACCAAUAUUCAAUUUCAAAAUAUGACAUUACCGGUUUAUGUGUUACAAAUGAUCGACAAGGAACUCAUCUUUUAGUUGGAGGUCAAUAUGGGAUUCAUAAAUGGGAUUUCGAUUCAUGGAGCAGAAAAAACUUUUCCACCUAUGAAUUGUGCUAAUUACAAUUACUAUUACUAUCACCAUCACCAUCACCAUCACCACCAUCAUCAUUAUUAUCAAUAUCUUUUAUACUUUUCUAAUCUCUUAAAUUCUAAUCUUUUUUCUUAUUUAAUUUGUCUUUUAUU